AUGAAAAUACAAAUUAUUAUACUAGCACUAUUAAUUACAAAGACUGUUCUAGCAGGGCAAAAGGGAAUUUUUGGAGGGAUCUGGAUAGGAAAGUCAGACAAAAACAAACAUGGCCAUCAACAUGACCACCACCACCAUCAUGAUAAAAAUAACAAAUAUGGGCAUCCUGGAAAAUAUGACAAGUAUGGAAAUUCUAACAAAUACGGCGGGCCAAGCGACAAGUAUGGAAAGAAUCCAUACAAAAAUGGGCAACAUUACUCUAAGCCGGGAAAAAGCGGCGAUCCAAAAUAUCACGGAAGUGGACACAGUCGUAUGCCAGGCAGUGAAGAUGGAUACGCAAAGAAUAAGAGUGUUAGCCCACCCCACGGAUAUUCCCAAUCUCAAGCACAGGCAAGCGCAAGUGCAGGGAGCGGAUUUUCUAAUCAUGGUGGGCCAGAGCUCACAGAGUCGGCAGUUGGAUCUGGCAGCGCUAUUUCAGGAAGCUCCCAUUCCAGCUCUCAUGCCAGCGCGCACGCUAGCUCUUCAUCUAGCUACUCACUAAACAUAAAGGACGGACUAGCUGCUGCAAAUGUUAUAGGAAACUAUUACAACACUCUUGUAGAGAGAAAAGGCGCAAUUGGUGGGAUUUCUCCGAUUACUGGAAUUAUGGCAUAUCCCAUAGGAAAUGGAUUGUAUACUGAUUAUUGGGGAAAGAUAAAAUUCCAAAUGAACGAAGGAGGAACUCUUGUAGAUUCAAGUGGAUACUUCUCUGGUGUUCCUGUUGGAACCAAAGAGGAAAUUGUUUCCACUGGAGAUCUGUCUGAUAUUGGAUUCUAUCAGCAAAAAGGACUUCCAGAAGAAGUUGCAAACCAGAACUACAUCAGCACAAAGAUGCUAAUAGAGGAAAUCGCAAAUACCACAAAGAAAGAUGUUCAGCAGCUCCAUGAUGAAAAAAUCGACUUCCAGUUUUUAGACGGAAUAAUGGGAUAUUACAAGAAUCAGAAGAAGCAGCUUGAAUCGGGGAAAAAGUCAUGCAUGACUGUCUGUAUCUGCAGCAAUUCAACGUGCACUGGCCAGUGCAAGUCUAUUAAGUGUGUGGAGCCAAUGUAUUUGCUUUAA